CGAACUAGUCGUUGAUCACGGCCCGCCGGGGCCACAAGUCGAGGCUCGUGCCGUGACCUGCCGUGACCGAGCCUCUCAGUCUGCAGCCGAGAUCGGGUGCCAAUUCUCCCCGGGGAGGACCACGUGUGGGACCCGAGUCGUGCAUUACCCGAUGACGUAUUUCGGGUCUUUGUUGGAGAAUUGUUUUGUCAAUCGAGAAUCAAGAUUGCCACACCACAGCACACAGCUCAUCCUCUGGAGACUGGAACUAAAAUUCCAACAAACUUCUCGAGAUUAGGACGUAUGGACUCAGCUAACGUGCCCAAUGAUGAUUUUGAAGACCUGCACAUAUCCUCGCACCCAGUGCUGAAGCACAAGAUGUCGAAAAUCAGGGAUAGAGAUACACUCCCGGCGGAAUUCCGAAAACUUUUGAAGGACAUAUCCUUCAUACUGGCGGUCGAGGCUUCAAGGGAUCUGGAAACUGAAUCUGUCCAAGGUCUUCAAUCUCCGAUCGCUCCGUAUACUGGUGUCGCCCUGGAAGCGCGUAUCGGCAUCUCACCAAUCCUUCGAGCUGGAAUCGGAAUGACUGAUGCGUUUUUGGAUAUAUUUCCGGAGGCUUCGGUGUUCUACUUAGGUCUAUUCCGUGAUAAGACCUUACUCCAGCCAGUCGAAUACUAUCAAAAACUUCCGGCAGUGCCCCAAGUUGACACUGUAUUUUUGCUCGACCCAAUUCUUGCGACAGGUGGUACCGCGAUUGCAGCUUGUAACAUGCUAGUCAACGCCGGUAUUCCGAUGGAGCGCAUCAAGUUGAUCACCAUUUUGGCCAGUAUGCCCGGUCUGCAAGCCGUCAUUAAGGACUGUCAAGGCCUUCAGAUCUGGUGUGGCUCGGUUGAUCAAGAAUUGAAAAAUGGGAUGAUUGUCCCUGGGCUUGGAGAUAGUGGCGAUCGCUUGUUCAACACACUCGGCUAGUCUGAUCAUGUUGAUCGCUUACAUACUUUUUUUCGACUCAUUUAAAUCUUCGCGUCUAUGUGCAUCAGGGCGCCGUACUCUUCAGCUUGGUCCACAAAAAUCCUUAAACCCCUGUAUCUUUUGGACUCUAGAGUUAAAAGCAUGUAUACAUAUCUCAAUUUUUGAACGAUGUAGCCUAUGACAAGCUUUACUUUUGAAAGGUAGAUCACCAACAAAUUAUCGAUCAAUCUGGUACUAAUAAGCAUGGUAUUCG